CGCCACCGCAUGCGAACCAGUCCGCAUCGUGAGACACUGAACGACAACCUGCCGGUAAUAAACAAUCGAUAGAAGCGAAGACGCAAUCCCAAGAGCUCACUUGCAGAGCAUGGCACGCCGUUCCGGACGCAUCGUUCCAAGUGGCAACGCAGGGAACCAACACAAGCGAGCACUAUCCGGCAGUACAUCUGGAGAGACUCUAGCGAAGAGACCAAAGCAAGCGAAAUCCACACCAACAAGAAGUAAACAUUUUACUGCCCCGGACAAGGACACAGAGGAUGACCAAUCCGAACCAGAGGAUAGCGCAUCGAACAAUGAAGACUCAGGCUCGGAUUUCGGAGAGACCCCAAAUGUGGACGAAUCAUCAGGAGCCGAUGACGAUGAGGAGAACGAAAGUGAUGAUGACGAUGAAGACAGCCCUAGACCUGCCAGAGGUUCGGCAAAGAGCACUCCUGCCAAAAACAAAGCAGGAGCCGUUUGGAAGCCAGGCGUCAAAACUGGAUUAGGACCCGGCACUCAAGUCAUAAUAAAAAAGCCAAAAGCGAGACCCGCUGGCAAGAUCCCAUACAAUGAUGAUACGAUUCAUCCAAACACACUAUUAUUCCUGAGCGAGCUCAAAGAAAACAACAAAAGGGAAUGGCUGAAAUUGCACGACCCCGAUUUUCGCCAGUCAGAAAAAGACUGGCAUUCGUUCGUUGAGAAGAUGACCGAGACUCUUACGACAAUCGACGAUACCAUACCUGAGCUACCAAUCAAGGACGUCAUCUUUCGUAUAUACAGAGAUGUUCGCUUCUCUAAGGACCCCACGCCAUAUAAGGUACGCUUCAUCCCACGCAACAUAGCCGCGCGGCAUGGUUCAGCGUUGCUUGGUGAGUUCCCUGCUUCGAGGUAUUCGUGCAUCAUCUCACUUACGCUCAACAGGUCUCGUGCCGGCAGGAAAGGGCCCUAUGCACAUUACUAUGUGCAGUGUGCCCCGAAUAAAUCUUUCGUCGGCGGUGGACUCUGGCACCCUGAAGCUGCCCCAGUCGCAGCGAUGCGUCGUGCCAUCGAUCGUCAUCCUCGGCAUCUGAAAGACGUUUUGUCGAACCCUCUCAUCAGGAAAGAGUUCCUCAAGAACGCACCGGCGAACGAUAAGGCGGUCGUGAAAGCAUUCGUUGAUAGCAAUCGCGGGAAUAUGCUGAAAACGAAGCCAAAGGGUUACGACAGCGAGCAUCCCGACAUCGACUUGCUCAGACUGCGAAACUACACUAUUGGCCGGGAUCUCACAGACGAGGAGGUCCUGGGCGAGAACGGAAGAUUGCGAAUCGCCGACCUUUUGGCGGCUAUGCAGCCUUUUAUCACCUAUCUCAACUCUGUCGUAAUGCCUGAUGGAGAUGCUGAUGAUUCGACGGAGAAUGGGGAAAGUUCGUCUGAGGAGGAGGAAGGGCAAGAAGAGGACGGCGAAAGUGGCGAUGAUUGA